AUGGCUAUAAGUGUGUUCUUCGGCAGGCAGCGCCGCUUUGUUUCUCGUCGUUUGACCUAUGCCGUCCUUGUUCUCUUCAUUUUCGUCUAUGCUAUCAUUACUGUUCUGUCUCCCACUGUCGUACCAGUCGCCGCUCCUGAAGAUGCCACAAAGCAAGGUGCCUCUAACAAAAUCAAGAGUUCAGUAUCUGGUCUUCGUCACUCUCUAAAUAAAGGCGUGAACGAGCUGAAUCCGUUCAAAGGGCCUGUCCAUGCUCCUCCAAUUCGUGCGCAAGACUCGUUUCAGGGCACUUCGUGGUGGGCCGAUUGGAAAUGGCUGUCAGUUCCGCUCUCCAGCUCGCUCACACUUGACGAGGACAGAGCUCUUCUCCCCCCACUCCAAGACCGCCCUUUCGUGUACUGUUACUACGAUGCGACAAUCAAGAAGACUAGAGAAGAAAAGGACGCCGAAAGCAAGUUACUCUUAACCUGGCGACGCGCUUGGUGGGCGCAGGGCUUCCAGCCGACCAUUCUAGGACCCUCAGAAGCCAUGACAAAUCCGAAGUAUCAAGAACUACAAAGACUUGAGCUACAGUCCGAGUUAAAGAAAGACCUGCUGAGGUGGCUAGCCUGGGAGUCCAUGGGCACUGGCUUUCUUGUUGACCACACUCUGUUUCCAGUUGCGCACGCCCAAGAUCCUCUCUUGGCUUUUCUCAGAAGAGGCAAGUAUCCGGCUCUGACCAAAUGGAAAGGCCUCGAAGAUGCACUCAUUGUGGGAUCAAGGGAGGAUAUCACUAAUACAAUUCGAAAACUGAUCGACUCUCCCACUCUCAAGAAUGCCAAGAACGUUUUCCAGGGGUCGACCAAGAAUGACUUCAGAAUCGACAGAGCACAAAUUUCAUUGGUAAACUACAGCCCAGAGGUCAUUAAAAAGCAAUAUCCCAAGAUUCACGAUAGCCUCACUAAUGGACGGGCUAAAGGUUUGGGCGCUCUUGACAGAUUGAUCAAUGCUCAUCUACAUGCCGCCUGGCAAAGUGGCUUCCCUGAUGGCAUCGAGGUUCUCAGCCCCUUCCCCGAAUACACAUCUGAGAUGAUCGCUCCCGCUCUUCAGCUUGCCAAUUCACUCGCUGUUUGUCCUGAUAAUCCCAUCCCCACGUCAUGUCCCCCUAGCAUAUCGAGAUGCAGUCAUUGCGCUGCCGGUACUACACCGAUGAAGGUCGAUACCCUUGAGCAGUACCAUAAUUCGACCAACGCAUUUGCGAUCGGUACAAUUCCCCACCCCUGGACCCUUGCUACCUUGACUAGUGGUAAGGAAAGGGUCGAUGUGAGCUGGGUUCGUAAGAAGGCCCCUCGAGAUCCUUGGCUUGAGACGAUCACCAAAGGCUUGUUAGGCUCGAGAGUCUCUAGCAACUCACGCAUUAUUAGUUUCAAGCAAGCGGUGGCAGAUGAGCAUGCACCUACCUAUGCACUUUGGCUGACAGCUGAAGGUGAUAUUCCUGCUGAUCUGGAAUGGCAAUUCGGAUUUAGAAUUCCGAAGACUUCAGGAGAGGCACGUAUUGCUGGUGACAGGAAGUCUGAAGAGAACCAAAAGCAAGAGGCCGUCAAAGUUGAGAAACAAGUAAAGGCGGAACAAUCCCAACCCCAACCACACGAUGCGCCCCAGAAAAAGGAACCGACCCCGCAAGAGAGGCAGAUAAGAGAAAGAGCACUGUUGGAGCAUGCUAAGAAGGUCGUGGCCUUCAAGAAAUCGACCGUCGAAACCCGACUGCGUGCAUCGCUAGAGGCCUGGGACUUGGCUGACACAGAGGCAUGGAAGUUUGCACGAGCUUUCCUUGCACGCCGCAGUCGUGAAAGAAUUGAGUGGGAGAAACAAGAAUCCAAGUACAGUGGCGGCUCAGGCUCGGAGAAAGGUCGCAGCGCGUGGAAUCGCUGGACCGAUUCGAAGCAAAGGGGAUAA